AACAAUUUCUUCUCUCUCAGCAAAAAGCAAAAAUGGCCGAAACAUUCUUGUUCAUCAUCACAGAGGAAGUUCUAUCAAAAGUUUCUUCACUUGCUCUAGGAGAAAUCACUUUAGCUUGUAGCAUCAAAUCAGAAGUGAAGAAACUUCACAACACUUUGUCUACAAUCAAGGCUGUACUUUUGGAUGCAAAUGAGCAGCAAACCAAGAAUCAUGAACUAAGAGACUGGCUAGAAAAGCUUAGGGAUGCCGUCUAUGAUGCCGAUGAUUUGUUGGAUGAUCUUUCAACUGGAAUUUCACUGCAGAAAACCCAGGAUAGAAUUCCAGUUCUUGAAAAGGUUAGUAGAUUUUUUUCAUGCUCAAAUCCUUUGGCCUAUAGAUUCAAAAUUGGUCAUAGGGUAAGCCAGAUCAGGAAGAAACUAGACGAAAUCGCGGCCGACAGGAAAAAUUUUCACCUUACAGAACAGGCAUAUAUUACUCCGGUAGAGAAUAGAGAGAGAGAUCAAACUCACUCUUUUGUAACAGCCUCAGACAUCAUUGGUAGAGAUUCUGAUAAAGAAUUCAUCGUACGACUUCUUUUGAGUACUAAUGAUGAAGAACAUGUUUCGGUUAUUCCUAUUGUCGGACUAGGAGGUCUUGGUAAGACGACAUUAGUUAAAUUGGUCUACAACGAUGAUCGGGUAGUUCAAGAUUUUGAUCUGAAAAUGUGGAUUUCUGUUAAUGAAGAUUUUAGUACAAGAAAGGUAAUUGACAAAAUUUUAAGAUCUGCCACUGGGGAAACUUUUAGCCAUCUGGAUGUGGACGAGAUGCAGAAAUGUUUGUGUGAAAUUUUGAAUGCUAAAAGAUAUUUACUUGUCCUGGACGAUGUGUGGAAUGAAGAUCGUAAUAAGUGGAUGGAUUUGAAAGAAUUGUUGAUGAAUUGCAGCUCCGGAAGUAAAAUCAUCGUCACCACGAGAAUUAAGACUGUUGCUACGAUUUACAGUACCACAUCCCCUUAUAUUUUGAGAGGUCUCUCAGAUGAUGACUGCUUAUCUUUAUUCUUGAAAUGCGCCUUCAGUAGACAAGACGAUUGGCUCCCUAAUCUAGUAGAAAUCGCGAAGGAAAUUGUGAAGAAGUGUGGCGGAGUUCCUUUGGCUGUCAAGACAUUGGGAAGCUUGUUGUAUAUGAAAACAGAUGAACAAGAAUGGCUGCAUAUAAGGGAUAAUGAUGUAUGGGAAAUUGAUCAAAAGCAAACUGACAUACUUCCUAUAUUGAGGCUAAGUUAUGAACAAAUGGCAUCCAAUUUAAGGCAAUGUUUUGCAUAUUGCUCCAUGUUUCCCAAGGGUAUUGAAAUUCCAAGGGAGGUAUUCAUCAACCUCUGGAUUGCACAGGGUUUCAUUCAUUCACCAAAUGGAAAUAAACAACUUGAGAACAUUGGAAACCGGUACUUUAAUGAGUUGUUAUCAAGAUUCUGCUUUCAAGAUGUAGUAGAAGCUUUUGAUGGAGAAAUAUUGGCCUGUAAGAUUCAUAAUCUCGUGCACGACCUUGCACAAUCUGUGGCUGGAUAUGAAUGCUUAAAUGUGAAAUCUGAUGCCAACAAUAUUUCUGAUAGUGUUCGCCAUCUCUAUUUUCACGCAGAAGAUCUGUCUAGAAAAGAAUUCCCCGAGCCCUUGUCCAAAAUGAGAAAAUUGAGGACCUUCCGUUAUUCUUACAAAGUUGGACCCGUAAAUCAGGAUUUCAUAGAGAUGAUCACAUUGAAGUUCAGGCGCCUUCGAGUCUUAGUACUUAACUCGUUAGAGCUUGAGGAGUUACCGAGUUCCAUUGGCAGCUUGAGAAAAUUACGGUAUCUUGAUUUGAGUAACAGCAGGAAGAUCAAGUUCCUUCCAAAGUCUAUUUGCAAACUCGUGAAUUUACAGACACUGAAUCUCAUAAACUGUGAGGAACUUCAAAAGCUUCCUAGAAAUAUUGGGAAUUUAGUUAGCCUCAGAACUCUAUAUUUGACUUCCCAGGAGAUGUCUUUGAGAAGAAAAGGUCCCAAAAGCUACGAUUCUCUCCACUUUUUGUUGCUCUACAAUUGUGACUUUGUAAAGCUACCAUCAGAAGGAUUUCAACAUUUCACUUCUCUUCGAGUAUUACGCGUUUAUGAAUGCCAAAGACUAGCUUCUCUUCCAACAAGUAUUAAGUGUCUGACUGCACUCGAGAAAUUGUGGAUUUGGAACUGUGACGAGCUGGAUUUUGCUGAUGGAGAAGGAUUGGAAGGCCUCAAGAGUCUUCAGUCACUGCUUUUAAUGGGACUUCCUAAGAUGGUAAGUGUGCCAGUGGGGCUUAAAGAGACAGCUGCAAAAACUCUCAGAUUCGUCCGAAUAGCUAAUUGUGCAAGUUUGACAACAUUGGCCGAGUGGUUUUCAGAUUUCAGUUCGCUUCAGAGGCUUUAUGUCGAGGAUUGUCCCAAUUUAUCCUUACUUCCUGAGGGGUUUCAAAAUCUGAACGCCAAAGUGCAUAUUAGCGGUUGUCCAAAAGUGGCUGGCUGGAAAUAGCUGAAUCGUCGCAUUUUUAGUUCCACAACUUCAAUCUUUCAAGAGUACAGGUAAAAGAACAAACCUUUUUCAUUCUCGUUUCUUUUAGUUCUUUCAGAAAUAGCACACUUUGCAUUGAUUGUAUUUACUUAAUUAGAUUCAUCAUUUGAAAUUAUGUAGACCACUGGACAAGAUUGCCAUAGGAUCACUUUUGAGUGUGGCUGAGAUUUACGGAUGGAAUGAAAUUCGACUUUGAAACAUCCAUAUUCGGUGGAUUUUUAUAGUUUUUGAACCACGGAAAAAUGAAGAUGGUACCCCACAUAAAGUGCUUCUUAGGAGUUUGUGGACAACCCUUAUGGUUCCGGCUCAUCAAAUUCAUAUUCAUCUAAAUCUCAUCUUUUUAACAGUAUACUGCGGCAGCUAUUGAAUAAGAAGACCAGAUUUGAGGACCGUGUUGAACCCUGCAUCGAAGUCUUGCCGUUGUGCCCACUUGGGGUCAAAGUAAAGAAAGAGCUCGUAGAUUACGCUAAUCGAUCGAAAGCUGGAGUAAAUGAUGAGGCUAAAAGUAAGGAAAUUUUCUUGAGAUGAAGUUGAAUCGAGCCAUGAGGAUGGUAGGGUGGAAUGAUCCCUCCAAAUUCAUUCACUUCAUUAGACACAAAUUUAAAGUUUUCUUCAGUCACAUACAUACGUGCAUGAAAAUGUAUAGAUCAUGUAUAUAAUAGAUUCAAUCCAGACAUGCUCAACUCCACAUAUUCUUGUAUAGUCAAAGGGAAUCGAUUUCGUAAAAGAUGAGAUUAGUAAAAGGCAAUCACUGAAAUUUCAUCCUUGUAGGAUUGUCAAUACUACAGCCCUAGGUGGCGAAAAGCCGGCAUCGAGGUGCCAAGCGUUCUCGUUGAUGUGAGCUCUCGAGGAAGAUCAACCUAUUUUCCUUAGAAUAACUUUUAUCCGUUGAGCGACGGGCCUUCCACUCGGCAUUGUCGAAAGGGUACUCCCGAGAACAAAUCCAAUGGAGACAGGGUGGGGGCCUCUAGCUCA